AUGGAGUUUAGUAAUCUUAAGCUGCAUCAUGAAUUGGCUCGAGUUACUAUUAUUGUACGUACUGGUUCUGCUGAUCAGGUCGUGACAGCUGACAGUUCAGUUUGUGGCUAUAAGAUUGUCCGAGCAUUACAAGUCUUCCAAGCAACAGCUGAGUGUUCAGUUGUCAGCUGUUGCUCGGAAGAUAUGGGAUUUGUGGUCUUUGGGUGUUAUUUCACCGUGUAUAGUCGAGAUUUCUGA